AUGAGAUUAGGAGUUCUUGUUGUUUUGUUUAUAGGGAUGUGCAAGUGCAUGUCGUAUAAAGAAAUAGAUCAGGUCGCUCUAUACAUCAGGACACUGCAGGAGGCAGGCCUCACCACAAUAUUCUCUCUGUUUGACAUUGACAGGCAGGCCGACAGGCAGGAAAUAGCUAAAAAGCAGUCAAAGCUUAUAAAGGCAUGCUACAUGGCAAAGAUGAAGGGGCUUCCAAUGCCAAUAGGAAAGAAUCUGACGGAGAAUGAGGCGAAAAACAUAAUUGUGAAUGGGUACCAAAUAUUGGUGCAGCCAGAGCUAAGAAAGGCAUACAACUGGAUACUGGAUGAGGCGCACCCACAGUUUAUGGAGAACUACAAGGCGAAAACACAAAAAAGACAGCACGUGCGCAUAUCAAUGCCCUCUAUUGGUGCACUGGCAGUAAGCAUUGUAUUUACGCUAAUUAUUUUCGAUGCACUGCGAGUAUAUAUAUCACAGAGCAUGAAGGUAAAGGAGGCAUUGGCAGCAAAGACCAAUAAGAAAAUGAAGAAGAAGCAGACUGCACCUGCCAUUGACAUGAAAGGCAUGUAUAUAUGCAAAGGAUAUGCAGCAUGCCAUGAUAUGAUCAAUCGCCUAGCAGGAAAGGCACAAAACAAAUAA